AGUAUACGUUGCACCAUAAGUGGAAAGAAUGACAGAGUCGCGUGUGGAUUAUAGACAUAAAAAAAAUGAAUGAAUAACCUCCAGCCUGACGAUUCUACUUGGCCAACAUGAAGUUGGUAUCAAGGGACAUCGAUAAAUACAACGCAGGGUAAAGAUUGUUUUGCAUGAACUUUACAUGAAAUUUUAAUGUGACAUUACAGUGUUUGAUAAAUAGAUGACAAUUUUUUAGAUGUGUAACCCUCAUUCCGGAGGAGGCGGAAGACCUAUGGCAUGCCUACAAUCUGAUAAUGGUCGACGAUACCAUCCGGUCCACGACAAUCAGGAAAGUCCAGACGGAAUCGGCCACCGGGAGCGUCAGUGUCAAUAAAGUCCGGACGACACUGACCAUUAAGAUAGAGGCCAUCGACUUUGAUACUCAAGGAUGUGUACUCAGGUUGAAGGGGCGAAAUAUUCAGGAAAACCAGUAUGUGAAGAUGGGUGCCUAUCAUACCCUAGAUUUAGAAGUAAACAGGAAAUUUACUCUAGGAAAACAGGAGUGGGACAGCAUAGCACUGGAGAGAAUAGAGAUGGCCUGUGACCCUACGCAGCAUGCUGACCUGGCAGCCGUUAUCAUGCAGGAAGGUCUAGCCAACGUUUGUCUUAUCACACCAAACAUGACAAUAGUCAGGGCUAAAAUAGAAACGAACAUUCCACGCAAACGCAAAGGAAGCUGUACCCAGCAUGAUAAGGGUCUGACAAAGUUCUAUGACCAGAUUGUGCAAGCAAUAUUACGCCAUAUCAAUUUUGAAAUUGUAAAAUGUGUUUUAGUGGCCAGUCCUGGUUUUGUAAAGGACCAGUUUGUGACGUACAUGAUGGACCAGGCUAUUAAAAUGGAGUACAAGAUCCUUAUUGACAAUAAAUCCAAGUUUGUAAUGGUUCACUCCUCCUCAGGAUUCAAGCAUUCUUUAAAAGAGAUUUUACAAGACCCAUCUGUUUCCUCCAAAUUAUCAGACACAAAAGCAUCAGGAGAAGUCAAGGCUCUUGACGAUUUUUACCAAAUGUUACAGAAUGACCCCAAUAGAGCUUUCUAUGGGGUUAGGCAUGUAGAAAAAGCAGUGGAACUCCAGGCAGUUGAGAUCUUGCUCAUCUCAGAUGAACUGUUCAGAGCCCAAAAUAUCGCUCAACGAAAGAGAUAUGUAAAAAUUGUGGACACUGUGAAAGACUGUGGAGGAGAGGUGAAAAUCUUUUCCAGCAUGCAUAUAUCAGGAGAACAGUUGGGACUCCUAUCGGGGAUAGCUGCAAUUUUACGAUUUCCUGUUCCUGAUGAUGAAGAUGAAGAUUCAGAUGAUGAUUGAUGAUGGCUUUAUGAUUUAGGAUAUUAUUUUUGUACGCCCCGUAACCUCGGUGAAGGACUUCCUAAUAAAGAAGUCAGAAGACGAUAGUCAAUGUUGUGCAAAAAAUCUCAUAUUGUGUUUCUCUGGAAAGAAAUACUGAAAACAGUUAAUGCUGAAAUAUUUUUGUUGAAUUUUUAACAGACUUGUUGAAUUUUUAACAGACUUGUUAAAUUUUUAACAAAGAAAGAUGUAAUUUGUGAGUAUCUAUUUAUUGUUAUUAAAAUAUGUCACUCAAA